ACAUCAUCUCGUCAACUUAGGGCGCGUUCAUGCUUGAUUUUGAAGGCAGAAUGAGCGAUUUGUAACGCUCAUCGUAAACGCUCAUCGUAAUCGCAGUUCCACGGUGCACUGUUCAUGCUCACUUCUCCAGGCAAUUCUCCUUGGGUGGCCUUCAGCUGGAUUCGCAAACCUGUGUGCGCAUGCUACGUAGAUCCACUAGAGGUCAGUGCGUUGACCCCAUUUAAACGCGUUUACAAAUUGUAAACGCAUCUUUUUGUGAGUUUACGAUCGGCGAUCGUGAUCGCCGUUUUUCGGUGAUUCUACAAAAGUGAGCAUGAACGCAAUCGUGUUUUAAACUAAACGCGUAACAGAUGCCUGAUUCUGGCCGUCAAAAUCAAGCAUGAACGCGCCCUUA